GGUUCUUUAAAGAUAUAAAAUUCUUUUUACAAUGAAGAAAAAUAUUUACUCAAAAUCUGGUUUAAUGCUUUUUUUAGUACUUUAUACUAAAUGUUCAACAGCUCAGAUGUUUGUUGGCAGUGAGGGAACGAAUAUAACUUACGGCAAGUUUCUUGGCACAUUAACAAUAACUAAGGAAUUUGAAAUAUCUUUUGAAAUUUAUAUUACUUCAACUUCAUACGAAUAUAUUACAAGCGUUAUUCGUUUUACUACUGGAACUAAUUGUUGCGAUUACGGAUCUAGAAUUGCGACUUUAUUUCUUCAUCAAAAUUUGGUUGCGGAAAUAGUUUCUCCAGUAAGCAACAAUGGUAAUUAUGGUUUUUACACAAAACCAUUUACUCUUCAGAAAUGGACAAAAGUUGUAAUAAAACAGUAUUUUAUGGCUUGCAAAUACUUUUAUAAUAUCGAAGUUGAUGAAGAGACUGUACUUUCGGUAGAAAAUACCAAUCCUCAGGUUUUUCAAAAUGCCCAACUGUUUGUCGGCGAUUCAUGGUACGCACCUCACCCGGGAUAUAUCAGAAACUUGUUUGUAAAAUAUUUUAUAGAAAACAUUAUGGAACGUGCGUUGGUAAAAAAUAAUCUAAUUGCAAUAUUAGUAUUGCUUGAAAAGUCAUACUCAGUUUCUUUUAAGAUUAGACCAAAGUCGUUCAAAGCAACGUAUUGGACAUCGGUAAUUCAUUUGACUAUUGGAGGCGAUAAUGGAAACGAUGGAUCUAGAACUCCAGGAGUAUGGUUUUCUAAUGAUGAAUCAGGAUCAUUACAAAUUGCUUCUUCAGUUAAUGGAGAUAUUAGCCAUUCAUUUUACACGAAGCCAUUACAGCUAAACGAAUGGUCAAGUAUUAGAAUUUCCCAAUAUCAAUUUAAUGAAGUUUAUAUGUAUGCCAUAUACUUAAAUGGAGUUAAUGUUUAUAAUAUUCAAAACACACAACCAAAAUCAUUUUCAAAUGUCUUUUUGUAUGCAGCUAAUCCAUGGGUCGAUAGUGCAGAUGCCACUAUAAAAGAUUUAAGAAUAAUAAAUGGAAACGAAGGCAUGUAUACUUUGUAA